CUCCUCCAGAUCACCCUCUUCGAGCUGCGUCCAGACAUUACGGUAUCUAGUCAUGGCUGCUGAAGGUUCCAAGGAUUUGCCAAUUCGGCCACCGGUAGAGGCUCAGGCUGCCGAACCGGCCGCUGAUUCUGCUAACGCUCCGUCGAAAACGAAGUCCAAUAAGCCUGCGGGGAACACCGACUCACUCCCUGACUUUAUUAUUGAGCGAAACAAGUUCUUUGAGGAAUUAUGGCAGCAGUAUCUUGAGGAGGUUAAGAACAAACCGCAUCCAGAGAUCGAUGUCACUCUUGACCUGGGAAGCGGCAGCCCUUCCACCAUCGUCGCGAAAGCUUGGGAGACCACCCCCGCGUCGCUUCUGAAGGAUGUGCCUAAGGAUAUUAGCGCAAACGUUGUUAUUGCAAAGGUGGAUGGGAAGGAACUCUGGGAUUUGACUCGCCCCCUGGAGCGCGAUUGCACGCUCUCCUAUGUUCCAUUCGACAACCCUGAAGGCAGGGAAGUCUUCUGGCACUCCAGCGCGCACUGCCUAGGCGAAGCUUGCGAAUGUGAAUAUGGGUGCCUUCUUUCUCAUGGUCCCCCAACACCGCAAGGAUUCUUUUACGAUAUGGCUAUUCCGGAAGGACGUGUCGUUAAGGAAUCGGAUUGGUCUUCCCUUGACAGCAAAGCAUCCCGUAUUUUUAAGGAAAAGCAAAGCUUCGAUCGAUUGGAAGUUACGAAGGAGAAUCUUAAAAAGAUGUUCUCUUACAGCAAGUAUAAGCUGCACUAUAUUGAUAAGCUGGUGACGGGGGAAAAGAGUACAGUGUAUCGUUGCGGUACCCUCGUUGAUUUGUGUAGGGGCCCACAUAUCCAGAGCACUGGCAAGAUCAAGACCUUCAAGAUUAUGCAGAACUCUUCGGCAUAUUUCCUUGGAGACCAGACCAACGACUCCUUGCAGCGUAUCCGUGGUGUUGCAUUCCCUGACAAGAAACAAAUGCAGGAACACCUGAAAUUCUUGGAGGAAGCAGAGAAACGCAACCACCUGAGACUAGGCAAGGAACAAGAUCUGUUCUUCUUUGACGAAGUCUCUCCGGGGUGCCCCUUCCUCCUUCCCAAUGGAACCAAGAUCUUCAAUGCUCUUCAAAAACUUCUGAGAUCGGAGUACCGAAAGCGCGGAUACCAGGAGGUGCAAACCCCGAACAUGUAUGACGUGAGCAUUUGGAAGACUUCGGGUCACUGGGCCCAUUACAAGGACGACAUGUUCAAGCUCGAUGUUGAAAAGAGGGAAUGGGCUCUCAAACCCAUGAACUGCCCUGGUCACUUUGUUCUUUUCGGCCACCGGGAUAGAAGUUAUAGAGAACUUCCCCUGCGAAUUGCGGACUUUGGCGUGUUGCAUAGAAAUGAAGCAUCAGGUGCUCUGAGCGGUCUCACGCGUGUCCGAAAAUUCCAGCAGGAUGAUACCCACAUCUUCUGUACACAGGAGCAAAUUUCUUCUGAGAUUGAGGGUCUAUUUGAUUUCCUGGACUCCAUCUAUGGCCUGUUUGGCUUUACCUUCAAGCUGAAGCUUUCUACACGUCCGGAAAAGUAUCUCGGCGAACUUGAGACCUGGAACUACGCCGAGGAACAGUUGAAGAAUGCCAUGACUAAGUUCAAAGGCAAUGACUGGACUAUCGAUGAGGGAGAUGGUGCCUUCUAUGGACCCAAAAUCGAUAUUACCAUUGCCGAUGCUCUGAAGAGAGAAUUCCAGUGUGCCACCAUCCAACUGGAUUACCAGGCACCCCUUAAUUUUAAACUGGAAUAUAUGACUCAUGAGAAGGCCCAAGCCGACGAAGCCAAGAAAGAAGGUGAAACCAAGCCCAAUGAGCUAGCACCUGGUCGUGCGCGCCCAGUUGUCAUCCACCGCGCUAUCAUUGGCAGCUUCGAACGAUUUUUGGGUAUCUUAAUCGAACACUUUGGUGGCAAGUGGCCAUUCUGGAUAAGUCCUCGCCAGAUAUUGAUUGUUCCUGUCAUGCCUGCUGUGAACGAUUAUGUUUACGAGCUGCAAAAGAUCCUCAGGAAUGAUAAGCUCAACGUCGACAUUGAUGUUAGCGGUAACACCCUGCAGAAAAAGAUCCGUACUGGGCAAUUGGCGCAGUACAACUUUAUCUUUGUCGUCGGUGCACAAGAGAGGGAAUCUCGUUCUGUCAACAUCCGCAAUCGAGACGACCCAGCCACUCAGAACAAGGGCGUCAUGGUUCCCCUUGAGGAAGCUCGUGUGAAGCUCCGUGCUUUGAGGAAGGAGAGAAGACUCGUGAACACACUUUGAAACGAUGCUGUUUCCUUCUGUUCUUUUAUGCGGGCUUCCCCUUACGCAGCGUAGUGCAAGGAUGGAAUUUGGCCACAAAAAGCACGGCGACGAGAUUUAUGAACUUGAAUGGGAGAUUCAGAAGCCAUUUAGAGGGAGAAGUAGAUGAUGCAAUUCUUUCCCAGGCGAUCUAUGACGGUUAGGAUUUUGAAUGCUAGAGUAGUCAUUAUUUACCACUCAUUCUCCAAACACGACUCCCUAGAGAUUCCUUUUCUUACUGAAGCGUGCGAACCUUUGAUUAGAAAUGGAAUCGGCCCUUAAAUUUAAUUUUAAAUUUAAGACUAUA